AUGUCCGUCACUCUACAGUCAAGAGCCGACUCUGGCUUCAAGUUGUACUAUUAUGACCCUUCGUUCGCUGCAGCAAUUCUCUUCGCCGUUGUUUUCUGUGGUUUAUCAACUCGUCACUUGGUCUUAUUGAUCAAGACGAGGACCUGGUGCUUCAUUCCCUUCAUCGUAGGAUGCCUCUUCGAAACUUUAGGAUACGCUGCGAGAAGCUAUUCAGCAAAGCAGACCCCAGAUUGGACCUUGAUGCCAUAUGUCGGACAAAGUAUGCUCAUUCUCUUGGGCCCUGCAUUCUAUGCCGCUUCGAUCUACAUGGUGCUUGGUCGCCUGAUCAGCAAUCUUGACGCAAACUCGUAUUCCCUGAUUCGGGUCAAAUGGCUCACGAAGUUCUUCCUCAUGGGUGACAUUCUGUCCAUCUUCGGGCAGGGAGGAGGCGGCGGUCUCCUUGCAAUUGCGAAAUCCGAGUCAUCCCAAAACAUGGGCAAUAACGUCAUUCUUCUCGGCCUGGGCAUACAAGUCGUCUUCUUUGGCUUCUUCAUGAUUGUCACGGCCGUCUUCCACAUUCGAAUUACCUUGAAAUCAACGACGAAAUCGCUGCAUACAUACGUUUCUUGGCAGAAGUUCAUUUGGGUGCUCUACUUUUCGAGCUUGCUCAUCAUGGUUCGCUCCAUAUUUCGCAUGAUAGAAUAUGCGCAAGGCCAUGACGGUAGCUUGAUACAGAAGGAGAUUUACGUUUAUGUACUGGACGCGCUUCUCAUGACCGUAGUUUCCAUAGUCUUUUCGGUGUAUCAUCCGAGCAGCGGUCACGCAAAUGGUGGCCGCGCUUAG